UAUAAUUCUAACUUUUAAGUGAAUUUCAUGUUAUUAAGGAAAAAAUGAUCAGAGCUUACUGUAAAAACUUUUCAAUAUUUAAUAGUUAUGUCAGAAAAUGUUUACUCCCUUGCGAGCAUAAACAGUUUUUCCAUGGAACUUCAAGAUUAUCGCAUGGAGAAUAUGAAUGGCAAAACCCAAAAUCAGAUGAUGAGAUAGUAAACAUAAUAUUCAUAAACAAAAAUGGGGACAGAAUACCGGUUAAAGGAAAAAUAGGAGACAAUUUACUGUAUUUAGCUCAUCGAUAUGAAAUACCUAUGGAAGGAGCCUGCGAAGCAUCAUUAGCUUGUACAACCUGUCAUGUGUACAUCAAUAGUAAUCAUAGUGAUAUUUUACCACCUGCAGAAGAAAAAGAAGAGGAUUUAUUAGAUAUGGCACCUUUCUUAAAAGAAAAUUCUAGGCUUGGCUGCCAGAUUAUUUUGAAUAAAGAACUAGAAGGUUUAGAGGUUGCUUUACCAAAAGCUACUAGAAAUUUUUAUGUGGAUGGACAUACACCUAAACCACAUUAAAAUACUAAAAAAAUCUUUGAAUAGCCUAAAUUCCAAGUUGUAUAUAUGAAUAAUAUAAUUAUUAAACUGUCUAAUAGAA